UGCCCCGACGAGGCGGCCGCUGACUAUCCUGAACACCUCUAUAGGUGCCCCUUCAUACGCCUGAGCAAAAAUAGAUUUAGCUUAGUGGCCCGAGUUAUCUUAAAACCUGCUAAAAACUCGGGUUUUGAGAGAGAAAAACCCGAAUUGAAAUUGAAAGGUCGUCACCUGUGAAGAUGAGCGUGGAAGUGGAACGAAAGUUUUUAUUCGACUCUGACACCCUGAAAGCGAUAGAGGACAUUGGAGAUUGUGUCGGGCAGAAACAGUUUCACGAUAAGUAUUUUGACACCCCGGAUUUUAAACUGACGUUGAGAGACGUGUGGCUGCGCCGACGGAAACAAUCCUGGGAGCUCAAGUGUCCAAUAGAUCCGGUCAAUGGCGCGGUGGAGCCAGGAAGAGAAAAGUCUCUGUGUACUCAAUAUAAGGAGAUCACAAAUCUGCCUGAAAUUUACCAGAGAGUGAAGGAGGUGAUUAAAGACACAUGUGAGAACUGCGAUGCGGACAUUACCCCUUCUGACGAAGACGACUCCUGGCUGAACACGUUGAAGCUGUGUUGCUUCGCAGAGUUUACCACAACACGGAGGUCAUUUACUUUGAAAGGAGAGGACGGGGUGAAGAUAGAUCUAGACCAAGCUGACUUUGGCUACCAUGUGGGGGAGAUAGAGGUCCUUGUUCCAGAGGGGGGAGACAUACAGUCUGCACAAGAAAAGAUCAGACACACCGCUCAAAGGCUGGGUCUGAACGAGGAGAGACGAGUUGAAGGGAAAAUGACUGUUUACCUUAAAAGAUAUCGUCCAGAGCAAUAUGCAAUACUGCUGAGCGCGCACGUUUUAUAGAAAAAAUACUGCACAUUACAGCUGAUUCUAAUAGUUCCUCACUGUACUUAGUCAUAUUUUACAGACCUAAUGUCAUUAUUAGAUAAGCAGAGUGAACUGUAUCAAAAUGCAGUUGCCGGGUAAUUGUGAAAAUGCUUGAGAAUGAACUGCAGUUGCUCCCGAUGAAUUUAUAUUAUUAUAAAUGUCAUUGCCAGUCACGGCACUAUGUGAACUAUUCAUUCCUCCAAAAAGGGUACUCUAUUUUUGUCUGUCAAUUGGAGACGACAUACCCUCUCUCAUGGACUGUUGACUGCAUCUUAAUGUAGAGCAGGUUAACACUGCACUCCUGCAACAGUGCAAACGGUAUGCUGACAUUGCACACUAUAUAUUAAAUAACUAAUUCUUAUCUCUUUAA